AGUUGAAUACCGAAAUCUUAGCAUUUUUGUUGAGGAACAUCGGGUCGGAUCAACAAAACGUACCGGUACGUCGGACAAAACAGGAUAUCCACGGAACCGAACAAGAGCAAACCACUGGCCGACAUGCCGUUGAUUCAACUCAAUCUGAAAAAUCAAGGGGACGACGAAGACUCGUCCGAUCGACCCGCGGCCGCGGAACCGGCAGCUGAGGCACCGACAUCGAAGGGUUCGUCGUCCCUUCCUCGCUUGGAUCGUCUCAUGCAGGGCGAAUUUUCGGUAGAAGCCUCCGAUCUCGUACGAUUGAUUUUGGGGUUCCUGACGUCGCAGGGACUUCACGAAUCGGCGAGGGUCCUCCGAAAGGAAUCCGGUGUCGGAUUCACGAACGGAAUGAUCCGGAAAGAGGCCGUCGCCGCGGCUAUUCGACAGGGAGACUGGGGUUCUGUGAUGCGUUCGACGGUGUUAUUGGCAGAAGACAAUCGUCACGACAACUUCUACAGCGUUGAAGAGAACGGGGAUGUUCGCAAAAAGGGGAAUAAUGACGACGGGGGUUCUGUUUUCGGACGUAUUUCGGAGCAAGUCAUACUGGAACUGGCGGAAGAAGACAAAAACCUGAAUCUGGCCUAUAGCUUGCUGAAAGUUCACAGAGAUGCGUUGGAUAGAAUCGCCGAAGAUCAGGAAGAAAAAAUUGAUACAGAUGGAGACGACAACACAAUAGGGGAGUCCAGAAAUGAGAAACGACGGUCGAAAUCCUCGAAGUCGGCCAAAUCAUCAUCGAGUCAGCUGACGAAGGCCAGAUCCCUCGAACAAAAGCUGGCCGAAAUCGCUGCAAAUCCAACCAAAUUUUCGAACAAUGCCACGGAAAGGUUCAUCGCACUAUAUGGUUCUCGGCGUUCCAAGCAAGAACGGCGAGAGGAUUUGGCGGAAAGGGUGGAAGACCAAAGGGAAAUUCCCCUCAACAGAUUGCCGACCUUGAUUCAACAAGCGAUGAAAUGGCAAAGCCACACCGGACAGCUUCCAUGGAUCAAAGAAGCUUAUUAUGACGAAUAUAGCCCUAGUGGAGAGCAAUCUGGUGAAAGGAACAAGAAGAGACGAAAACGCAAGCGUUACGAUCUGGUGCUGGGAGUAGCCGCCGGGGAUUACGAACUGUCGGUGGGAGACACCUGGAGAGGUGGCAAAAAUGUUCACGAUGAAGACGAAGAUGUUCUAGCAGAGAUUCCCCAAGAUAUAUUAGCAAAGGUCAAGUUCGGCAAGUCGGCAGUUUGUGAAUCGGCUCUCUUCUUUUCCCGCGGACUGAUCACGGGUUCCUCCGAUUCCAUGAUCGAGAUUUGGGAUCCAAAAUGUUCGUACAAGGAUCUGAAUACCACGGAUUACCCCUAUCAACAAGAUCAUGUUAUGGGUCAUUCGGAUUCGGCGGUGUUAUCCAUGGCAGUCUCCAAUGACGGUGAAAUUUUGGUAUCCGGAGACUCCGCCGGAAAAGUGAAGGUGUGGAAGCUUGCAACUGGGAAAUGUCUUCGGCAAUACCAAGCACACGAUACGUCGGUCACGGCUUUGUCUCUAUCGAGGGAUGCUUCGAGGGUGUUGACAGGUAGUGCCAGCGGAAUCUGUCGCGAGUUUGGAAUCGUUACGCAGACCGUGUUGCAGGUCUACGAAGGACACGCAUCCUAUAUUCAUUCUUGCAACUAUGUUUUGAAUUGGACUUUCGCAAACGCAAACAAGCCAGAUACGGCCACUGCCGAGGGAUGGGUUGUAACCUCGUCCGCCGACGGAACGGUUCGGGUUUGGAAAAAGGGUUUGACGAUUCGAAUACUACAGCCUCCGUCGGACUAUGUCAAGGCAGUGGAACAGAAAAACAAAUCUUUUUCGUUGGUGGUCGACCCAACCCUCGUCAGGACAGAAUGCCCUGCAAUUCACACAGCAUUACAAGUUCCUGGCGAGGAGAGUCGCAUCCUUUUGGUUCCAAGAUCUUCUACAGCAUUUCUUGUCAGCAUGGAAGGUACUGCGUUGCAAUUGUUUCAUUCCGAAAGUCCCGAAGCAGUAUUUUUGGCUGCCUCAAUAACCACUUCUACCGUUUAUCUUGCUUCCUCGACGGGAAACUGCUUGGUCUUUUCACUCCUCACGGGGAAACUGUUACAGAGCAUUAAUGACUUUUCUUUGGAUAGUACAUCGAAAACAAAUACUGAUCGCCGAGUGGCAGAAAUAUCAGCAUUGAUACAUCACCCAUUCAAACCUGUUAUGGCCGCAUUUUCGAACGACAAGACACAGAAGAAAGGACAACUGACGAUAUGGAAAUAAACGAUGCGAUCAACGACAAGACACAGAAGAAAGGACAGCUGAAGAUAAAGAAAUAAACGAAGCGAUCAAUUGCAGCUACAUGGAUGGGCUGCGAGGAAACUCAGGAAUGAAACAGUUCAGUAUCUCAAGUGUCGAUAUGCUAGUGAGAGCACCCGAGUGCAGUACAUGAUUUGACUACUCGAUCGGUUGCGCAUAGACGAACCGGAGCGACAGUUAUAGAAAUCGUAAUUCUAUAUUCCAAUUGAAGUUUCGUUUCUCCACAGACAAUACAAAGUUUUCUAAUAG